UGGAAAGAAAAAGACAAAAAGAGAGGCAGCAAAGAAAAGGAAAAUUUCGUCAAUGUAGAAAAACUUUAUUUAAGAGACAAAGCGCGGAAUAAAAAUUACGGGCCCAGUACGGAAAAGACUGAUUUGUCGGAACAGGAGUUUCGCCAAAAACGAGAGCAAAUUAUUAAAUCCUUUCAGUUAUCUGACACUGAAGUUGCUGCCUUAGAAAGGGCAACGAUUGAACAGAAAGACAGUUCGUUGUGGAGAGAGGAGCGUCGGAAGCGACUAACGGCUUCUGAUUUUGGAGUCGUUUGCUGCAGAAAAGAAUCGAUCAGUUGUGAAAAUAUAAUUAAAAAUAAAUUAUACUCGCAUUUUCUUUUUGCUGCUAUGAAAUGCGGCCAAGAAAACGAGCUCAAUGCUAUUAGGGCCCUAGAAGAAAAUUUUAAUUUGAAAAUCCAAUGUUGCAGUUUAUUCGUAAACACAGAUUUUGCAUAUAUAGCUACAUCUCCUGAUGGGCUAAUUGGUGAUGAUGGGAUUGUUGAAGUAAAAUGUCCAGCAUCCUGCAAAAAUAUUUCUCCAGAUGAGGCAAUAAAAUUUCCAUUUUGGAAAUUAAACAAAGAUGGAAAAACAACUGUAAAUAAAAACCAUAAAUAUUAUUUUCAAGUUCUGGGCCAGCUGCAUAUUACAUAAAGAUGCUUUUGUUUAUUUUCAAUGUGGACGAAGAAGGGGCAAAAAACAGAAAAAGUAAUUCAUGAUCCAAUAUUUUGGCAACAAAAAAUUGAGCUUCAUUUAUUUUGACUGUUUAUUGCCAGAACAUGUUGAUCCCAGGUAUCCAAGAUCGAUGAAAAUUCGGGAUCCUUCUACUAUUAUAGAGCCCCCCCCCCAAAAAAAAAAGUGAAAACUCAAUAACAAUGUUUCCGAAGCUUUUUGCUCUUUGGACACUUUUAUUACUGUACUUUUUUUUAUAUAUAUAAUUCUUUGCUAUUUUGUCUACGUUUUUUUUA